UUGAAAGCAUGAACAACAUUGACUGAAGUCUGUAGAAACAAACAUAUUCUGGUAAACAAUGACAAACACCGAUAAGAUAAAAAAUAAGCCGUACAGGAACUGGGUGAGAGGAGCCCUUGGCUUGUUCUAUCUUCACAAAGGUCUCUAUCGCUUCACUGACCGUGUUGUUAAAGCGGAACAUGCGAGAAUCAUUCAACAUCUGACGCCAUGCACAGGUUGUGCUAUAGAAAACAUUCUCCCAGUACAUGCCGCAAGUGGAAAAGGCUGUAUUCAGAAGAAUAAAGGAAAGUGUAACUGUAGAAAGAGGACAAACAGAAACUGCCCCACGUGUAGCCAGAUCUAUGACGAUAUAGUACAUCAGCACCGUUUUAAGGAGCCGCAUUGGGUGACUGAUUGUUCUACUUGGUACAGUGACCAUUGGCAGUUUGCAAAAUGUUUCUUGACAACCACAAUCAAGGGAUCGAACAAUACUGCUGCCGACACGGAUGUUUCUGGGUUACUCAGCAUUAUCAUUAAUGGCGAGUUCUUCCAGUCAGAACUUCACUGCAGUAUUGAUCCAUAUACUGGUACUGAUAUUUUUAGUCAGGUACGAGAGAUAAGGAAUGAAAUUCUACACAAUUCUGAACAAGACUUGAUGGAUCAAGAUUUAACCAGAUAUCUACAAUCAAUGAUAGCAGUAUUAGAAGACAAGAAAGUACUCAGCACUGAUCCAGUAGCUCAAGCAGCAGCAAAGAAGUUAAAAGAGCUUCUCAAAGAUGAAUUAGUCAUAACAAUAAGUGAAGAAGCUAAUUUAAUUCAAACUGCGCUAGAGGCCAUCAAGGCAGCUAAAGAACAGUCUGAAGAGAGUAUAAGGAAGCUAGCAGAAGAGAAACGGAAUACCAUCAAGGCGUCGGAAGAAGGUAUUAGAGAACUAGCAGAGGAGACUCGUAGUUCUUUACGGAAGCAGACAUCGGACUUGACUUCAGAAAUAGACAGUGCAAAGGAACGGGCAAUGGAAAAGGUGACAUCUGCAGUGUCUGCAGCAAAACCGGAUCUAAAUGAACUUAAACAUGGACUUGCAGACCAUGAAAAUAGAUUAAGAGCAGUUGAAGCAGAACAAAAAAAUUUGCAAAGGAAACAGCUUGAAUUGGAACAACAUGUUGCCAAACUGAAAAUAGCUGAAGAAAAGCAUCAUACGAGGAUUGAAUACCUAAAACAAAAACAAGAUCUCCAACAACACCUGGUGGAUGAAUAUCAGAAGGAAGAUGUAAAGACAUCGAUUUCUCCUCUAAAGACGGAACAAAAUAACGUCAACAUCAGUGAUGUUUAUGCAUCACCUAGAAUGGUUGUCGGAGAAAACGACAAGGACGGAAACACAACUGAAGCUGGAGAAAUCAGGGCAACAAAUAACAAACAUAUAGAAAUAGGCGACUUAUUUGGCACAGUCGGAAAAAGAAAUAGGAAAAUUUUUAUCGUAGGAGACGUGGGAACUGGAAAAAGUUCCCUUUGUAAAAUGAUGAUGCAACACUGGUGCAGCUCCAUUAAAGAAAGAAGAAACACUGACGAUUCAGUCGUUAUGGACGAGGAGGGCGUGACACAAGAAAAAGACAACGACACGUACGGUAUGAAUCAGUUUGAUUUCUUAUUUUAUGUACCUUUACGCGAAAUGCAGGAAGAUACUGAUGACAUUGUAAAUAUGAUAAAAGGUCGGUUAAAAAUGUAUAAGACUCUAGUUGACGAUAUAUUCACAAACGAUUUGGAGCGUGUUCUCAUUAUUGCAGAUGGUUUAGACGAGUUGACACCGUCUAAUUCACGGAGACCACAAUGGAUACCGAAAUCUUCACAGGCAGGUGAAUCUACAAUACUUACAACAUCUCGGCCAUCAUCUCGCGGUAUCUUAAAAAUGAAGUCCUCAGACUGCGAUUUGAAAGUAAUUCUCUUGGGUUUAAAGGAUGGAAACUCUGUCCAAUAUAUGAUAAAAAAAUACAUGAACUUAAUGGAUAAAAAGUCAGAUUACGCAGCCUUUAAUGACGCACUUUCAGAUUUACCAUUCAAAGAUAUUGAGAAUGCACCCAUGUUGCUGCAGCAGAUAAUCUGGCUGUAUUGCAAUAAUUAUGAUAUAGGUAAAUCUAGAACUUCUGUUUACAUACACAUUGUCAAUGCUAUACUUGGGUGGGAAUAUGAAAGACAUGGGGAUUAUCCGAAACUGCAAAGUAGUAGUUUUAAACAUCUUUCACUUCCAACGUCAGUUGCUGAUUACCCUAGAUGUCAGGAAAAUCCAGAAAUGCUACUUAUUUUAGGUAAAAUAGCACACGACGUAUACAUAAAGGGUAAUGACUCAUCAUUUGUGUUCGGUCAGCACAAAUUGCGGCCGUUGGGUAUAUCAGCUACGGAUAUUGAUGCAAUUUUAAAGACUGGUAUUCUAACUGAAUUCAACUGUGCCGACCCGACAUACGAGAAGUCACAACUUUCAUUUAUUCAUACAUCUUACAUGGAGUUUUUUGCUGCUUUAUACAUUUGUAGCUGUUACCUAUCGGGAAUUUCUGAUUCCCAUUCCUCGGUUACUCCACUUACUAUACUCGAGGGUCUCAUUGCAGUAUCUCCAGAAACUUCUGUGACCGAAAUACUGCGAUUAGAAAAUGUACUUACAAUGAUAUGUGGACUGGUUCCAGGUCUUGUAGAAAAUAUUUGUGAAUGCAUAUAUAAGUUGACACCAAGCGAUGAGAACAUGGACCGUUGGGUAAAAUGUCAGAUACAUGAUUUGACUUCAUAUUGUUUAUCAGAACAUUAUUCCGUCGAUCAAGAAACCGCGGUUAAGUGUAAACUACGUCAUUUAUAUCAUAACAUUAUUUCUCCAGGAAUGUUAUCUAAGCGUUUUUCUGAUUUAGUUCCUACUAGUGUCGAAACAUGUUAUAUAGACAUGAGUUCUAGUAUGCUAUCAUAUGAGGAGUGUUUGUCGUUAACAUCAUUCUUGUCACAAACAGUGUCAUUACGAACUCUUAUAAUGAAAAGCAUCAGAUGUCGUGAGUACGGAUGGGAUUAUACUAUUGAUAUAACUAAUCAUAAAGAACUGCAGAGUGUAAAGUUAUCAGACAGUAAAAUAUCGGUUUCCGGUAUAGACCAUACUUGUCUCAAGUCCUUUAAAAUGUCAGACUGUGAGUUGUCGCCCGAGCAAUGUUCACUGUUAUCAUUAUACUUGUCACAAACAGUGUCACUACGAACUCUUGAAAUACAUCACAUGGACACAUCAUAUCCUAAGUUUCAAUUGCAGUGUCUUACUAUUUAUUUGACUCAUCAUAAAGAAUUGCAGAGUGUAGAAUUAUCAGGCAAUGCAAUAUCUGUUUCCGGUAUAAACCCUACUUGUCUUCAGUCCUGUAAAAUCUCAUACUGUGAGUUUUCGCAUUUGCAAUGUUCACUGUUAUCAUCGUGCUUGUCACAAGCAGUGUCAUUACGAACUCUUGAAAUAGAUUGCAUCACAUGUCCUAAGGACGAAUGUGAGGGUCAUACUAUUGAUUUGACUAAUCAUAAAGAAUUGCAGAGUGCAGAGUUAUCAGGCAGUAAAAUAUCAGUUUCCGGUAUAAACCAUACUUGUCUUCAGUCCUGUAAAAUCUCAAACAUUGAGUUGUCGCACGAGCAAUGUUCACUGUUAUUAUCAUGCUUGUCAAAAGCAGUGUUAUUACGAACUCUUGAAGUAGAUCGCAUCAAAUGUUCUAAGGACGAAUGUGAGAGUCAUGCUAUUGAUUUGACUAAUCAUAGACAAUUGCAGAAUAUAAAGAUAUCAGACAGUAAAACAUCAGUUUCCGGUAUAAAGAAUACGGUUCUUGAAUCAUGUAUACUCUCUAACUCAGUAGCAGCAACAUCAUACGUAAAACCAAAUGUAAAAGUAACAGCAAUAUCAGUAGCAGAGGUAGCUGCAGCAGUAGAGGCAGGGAGAAAUUUCAUUAACAGCCUCAAGCAGAGAACAGUUGCUGCAGUAGUAGAUGCAGCAAUAGCGGAAGAAAAACGUAGUAGCUGUCGUAGCAGUAGUACAAACUUAACAUUCGCAGUAGCAGACGAAGAUGCAGCAGCAGCAUAA